AUGUUGUUUCCAAAAGUAUCAUUAGAAUUUACCAGUAUAGGCUGUAAUAAAUUACCACAGGUAGCCUCGUGGGGAUAUGAUGGUCUAUUAGCUUUUGGAGCAUAUAAUUAUAUUGCUUUAUAUUAUCCUGAGGACCCGGAAUCUAAGGGAGUUAUUGCAACACUAUCAGGACAUAAAGAUAAAGUUAAUUGUGUGGAAUUUAUAAAUAGAGGAGACGAAACAAAUCAAACGAAUAUUGCAAUUGUUUCCGGUUCAACUGAUAAAACUGCAAGAAUAUGGAAAAAGAAUAGAUCUGGAAAAUGGAUUAAUUCUGCGAUAUUAGAAUCACAUAACGAAUCGAUUAAUACUUUAGGAGUUAUUAGAUCUGGAAAUAUUACUAUAGAAAAAGAUUUGUUUGCUACAGGGUCUUCAGAUUGUGUGAUCAAAAUUUGGGAAAGGAGUGAAUUGGAUGACACAAAAGAUUUGGUUGAAUGUAUUCAAACAAUUAAUCUUGGAACAAAAUAUCCUUUAGCUUUGGCAAUUUCUUAUUUACCAGAAUCUAAAGUGCCAAUAUUAGCUUGUGGAAGUACAGAUAAAAAGGUAUUAUUAUUCGUACAAAAAAAUAACCAGUUUGUUGAGUCAUUAUCAUUGCAAGGACAUGAAAAUUGGGUUAGAUCAUUAUCUUUCGCUACAUAUACAACACCAAUAUCACCACCAAAUAAUAAUAUUAAACAAGAAUAUAAAUUACAAGGGGGAGAUUUAUUAUUAGCAAGUGGUUCACAAGAUAAAUAUGUCAGACUUUGGAAAUUUAACUUGUUGGCUAAUGUUUCCGAAAAUGGAGCAUUAUCUGGAGGUAAAGUACAAUUAAGUACGAAGGCUCAUAUUAUUGACGUUGAAGUUGCUAAAGAAGGAUCAUGUAACAAUCAACGAUACAGCGUUAUGUUUGAGGCAUUGCUUAUGGGACAUGAUGAUUGGGUUUAUAGUGUAUGUUGGCAACCACCAUGUUUAAUUAAAGAUUUUGAAGGGAAUUUAAAAUAUCAUCAACCAAUGACAAUACUUACAUCUUCAUCAGAUAAAUCAAUGAUGAUAUGGAAACCCGAGGCCGAUACUGGCGUUUGGGUUAACUUGGUGAGAGUAGGUGAAAUUGGAGGAUAUACACUUGGAUUUUUUGGAGGAUUAUUUAAUAAGGAAGGAAAUUGUAUUAUUGGGCAUGGGCAUACCGGAGCAUUUCAUUUAUGGAAAAAUGUUGAUAAAGAUGAAAGUGAUGAACAAAAUUGGAAACCACAAGUUUCGAUAAGUGGGCAUUUUAAUUCUGUCAAAGAUAUUUCAUGGGAUAAAGACUUUAAUUAUCUUGUAUCUGUUAGCCUUGAUCAAACCGCUAGAUUAUUUGCUCCAUGGUGCCGAAAAGUCAGCAGCAAUGAUAAAAUUUCUCUGACUUGGCAUGAAAUCGCGAGACCACAAAUUCAUGGUUAUGACAUACAUUGUAUUUGUUUUGUAAAUAAAUGGAGAUAUGUUAGUGGAUCUGAUGAGAAGGAAUCAAAGCCGUUAGGAGCAAAUUUACCAGCAUUAGGAUUAUCAAAUAAAGCGGUAUUUCAGACGGAUAUAGAAAAUUUUGAAAAGGCUGCACAAGAUGAAGAAUUUUUAAGUAGACAAUCUUAUGUUCAUUCGAGUUCCACUCCCAAUAGUUUGGUACAAACUUUAAGUCAACCACCCUUUGAAGAACAUUUAUUACAACAUACCCUUUGGCCUGAAAUUGAUAAAUUGUAUGGACAUGGAUUUGAACUUAUUAGUGUCGGCGCUAGCCAUGAUGGAAAAUAUGUUGCAAGUGCCUGUAAGGCAGCAUCAGCCGAGCAUGCGGUGAUUAGAUUAUAUGAUACAUCAACUUGGAAAGAAUUACCAAAUCCAUUACAAUCACAUACAUUAACGGUGACACAAACUAAAUUUUCACAUAAUGAUAAAUACCUACUGACCGUAUCUAGAGAUAGAAUGUGGUCGAUAUUCGAAAGAUAUGAUGAAGGUACAACACCUUAUAAAUUUGUCACGAAAAAUAGAGCACAUGCUCGUAUCAUUUGGGAUUGUUCCUGGAGUCAUGAUGAUACAUUGUUUGCUACUGGAUCUAGGGACAAGACAGUUAAAAUCUGGACGCAAAUUAUGGAACAAGAGCAAAUUCAAUGGAAAUGUAUAUUUGUUAUAAAGUUACAAGAAGCUGUAACAGCAAUUGAUUUUGCUCCUAUACUUAUUAAUCAAAGGUAUUUGUUGGCUAUUGGAUUAGAAAAUGGAAAAAUAAUAAUAUAUCAAUCUGACGAUGAACAGCAAUCGGAAAAAUGGAAUGAAUUUAUUGAAGUUGAUAAAGACGAAUGUCAUAUUUGUAGUGUUAAUAGACUAAUGUGGAAAAGCAAAGAUAUUCAGCAAAGUGAAAAUGUUAAAUUACAAUUAGCUAGUUGUGGAAGCGAUUAUUGCGUUAGAUUAUUAAAUAUUAUCGUAGAAAAUCAUAUUUAG